AUAACGUGGCGUCGCGUGGACCUGCUUCUUUAUAAUGUGCCUUACUGGAUUCAGUCGUCACUCCGCAAGUACCAAUACGCGAUGACGCCUCCAGAACGAAACCCCCACUAUCGUCAUAAGCUACGAGCCCUUUUGAGGACAACCAGAAUCGUAAAGCGUGGGGGUAUUUGGCAAUUGUGACCCACCAGGAAAGAUAUCUUCAAUUCGCAAUUAUCGAUUUAUCAGCCCAUUUUGGUGAGAGCCAUUUCGUUCUUCAUUUGUCAGCGAAUUAUUACAAGAGGAUCGCUUCCCCGCAGCCUGAACGUGGGGUCGUCGCUGUCAAAUAUCUACCUACUUUCUGUCGCCUAGACAAUAAAACAAACAUUCAACUUCUCCGCAAAUCGCAGUCAUGGCGCCCAAUACUUUCAAUGUCGGUGUUGUUGGCUAUGGCAUGUCCGCCAAGGUGUUCCAUAUUCCCCUGAUUACGUCGCUCCCGGAGCUCAAACUGUACGCCAUUGUACAGCGUCAUCCCAAGCCCGAGGAUGAUGCGGAGAAGGACCACCCAGGUAUCAAGAGCUACCGCUCCACUGAGGAAUUGGUCAAAGAUCCCGCAGUGGAUGUGGUGGUGAUUACGACCGUUCCAGAGACUCAUUACUCUCUGGCAUCGCUGGCUUUGGAAGCCGGAAAGCAUGUCGUUAUCGAAAAGCCUGUUACAUCAACAUCCGAAGAAGCUGACAAGCUCAUUGCCUUGGCGAAAGAGAAGAAACUUCUUCUUACAGUCUACCAGAACCGUCGUUGGGAUGCCGACUUCGCUACCCUCACGCACUUAAUAAAGUCCGGUGCUCUCGGCCGCGUCGUUGAAUUCGAAUCGCACUUUGACCGCUUCAGGCCAGAAGCCCCAUCUACCGGAAGCUGGAAGACUCAGGCCGGUCCCGCCAGCGGAGCAAUCUAUGAUCUUGGUGUUCACCUUCUCGAUCAAGUCGUCUUCGCGCUUGGCUUACCAAAGAAGAUUACUGGAUUUGUCGGGAUUCAAAGACAGGGUGAGACGGGCGGCUUCGAGGACGCUUGCACGGUUUUGCUGCACUAUGACGGCGGCGUGAUGGCUACCGUGAAGGCUUCUGUUAUCAGCCCCGAAGAGAAGCAAUUAAGAUUCUGGGUGAGAGGCGACAAGGGCAGCUACAAGAAGUACCACAUGGACGUCCAAGAAGACCAAUUGAAGGCGGGCAAGAAGCCUGGAGACUCUGGAUUUGCCCUUGAGCCCAAGGAAAACUAUGGCGUCCUGACCUCCGCGAAAGACGGAAAAAUUGUCAGCGAGGCUUAUCCCACCAUCGAUCCACCAACGUACGUUGAGUUUUACAGACAAUUAGCCCAGGCUCUCAGUGGCCAAGGGGAUGUUCCGGUUAAGCCCGAGCAGUCUCGAAACAUUAUCAAACUGAUUGAGCUUGCAAAGGAGAGCUCUCGGGAAGGCCAGACUCUUCCGGCAAAAUUGUAGAAAUUCUUAUGACGAAACCAUAUAGACGUGUAAUUAUCGGC